AUGCAACCAGUCGUAGCCAUCCAUCCUCUGGUGUGGCGCAUAGGCUGCCUAUCUGGGACAACAGCACUCGUCGUAGCCUGGCCUGCUACGGGCUACGAUAUAUCCGUGGGGGCUGACACACCAUCAAGGGCACCCAUGGCCCGCCGGAGACGGAAGGAGGGCCGUCCCCGACGCCAGAGGACGACGUUCAGCUCGGAGCAGACCCUCCGGCUGGAGCUGGAGUACGCGCGCUCCGAGUACGUCUCCAGGGGCCGCCGCUUCGAGCUGGCCGAGGCGCUCGCGCUGUCCGAGACGCAGGUCAAGAUCUGGUUCCAGAACCGGCGCGCCAAGGACAAGCGCAUCGAGAAGGCGCAGCUCGACCAGCAUUACAGGUGGGUGGCUCACCCUCCAGCAGCUCAGCUCCUCUCUAAUCCUCCACGCCAUUCCAUUCCCAGCGUUGGUAUUGGGAGGCUGGCCAUGAUCCGGUUCCAGACCCGGCGCGCCAGACACAAGUGUAUCGAGAGGGUGACGCUCGACCAGCACUACAGAACCGGCGCGCGCCAGUGUAUGGAGAAGGUGACGCUCAACCAGCACAACAGGAUGGCGCUGGCCACGACGCUGGCGCAGCUGCCGCCCCCGCUACCGGCCGCGCCGCCCCCGCCGCCCCCGGCCUGCUACGGCCCCGCCGCGCCCUCGGCAUCGUCGGCGACUGCGGCGCCCACCGCGGGGCUGUGCGGCCUGUGCUGCCUCCUGCCGGCGGGCGCUGCAAGCUCCGCUGGGGCACCCUCCCACAUGUCGGAAGCCGAGCCCGGCGGCCGCAACGAGGACCUGUCCUAG